CCGCGCCACAACAGUCAGCUGGGGAGAGGCAGGCGUGUACGCGCGCGCGUGCCGACCAACCGGGAAGCAAAGCCGAGCAAGACCCCGUACAACGGCACAGGCUACCAGUCCAAGAGAUUUCUACCCACUACAUCCAUUCCGUCCCCAUCAUGGCCGACCCAGCGGCUGCGGAGGGCGCGGGGGGCGCGCGAGGCUUCGCCAGGCAGGGCGCGCUGAGGCAAAAGAACGUGCACGAAGUGAAGAACCACAAGUUCAUUGCGCGCUUCUUCAAGCAACCGACCUUCUGCAGCCACUGCACCGACUUCAUCUGGGGUUUCGGCAAGCAAGGCUUCCAGUGUCAAGUGUGCUGUUUCGUAGUCCACAAACGCUGCCAUGAGUUUGUUACUUUCUCCUGCCCCGGGGCUGACAAGGGCCCUGCAUCAGAUGACCCUCGAAGUAAGCAUAAGUUCAAGGUACACACAUACUCCAGCCCUACAUUCUGUGACCACUGUGGAUCUCUACUGUACGGGCUCAUACACCAGGGCAUGAAAUGCGACACUUGUAUGAUGAAUAUUCAUAAACGAUGCGUGGAAAAUGUUCCCAGCCUGUGUGGAACAGACCACACUGAGAGGAGAGGACGGCUGCAUCUCAGUGCUAGUAUCACAAAUAAUGUUCUCACCGUGACCGUCAAGGAGGCUCUUAACUUGGUGCCAAUGGAUCCAAAUGGCCUGUCGGAUCCAUACGUGAAGCUAAAAUUGAUUCCAGACCCAAAGAACGAGAGCAAGCAAAAGACCAAAACCAUCAAGUGCUCCCUCAAUCCUACCUGGGAUGAACACUUCAGCUUUAACCUCAAAGAUACAGAUAAAGACAGGCGUUUGUCAGUGGAGGUGUGGGAUUGGGAUCUGACUAGCAGAAAUGAUUUCAUGGGGUCAAUGUCUUUUGGCAUCUCUGAGCUGCAGAAACAAGGUGUCAACGGAUGGUUUAAGUUGCUGGGCCAAGAGGAAGGGGAGUAUUUCAACGUUCCAGUUCCACCAGAUGGAGAGGAGGGCAAUGAAGAACUGCGGCAGAAAUUUGAGAGAGCCAAGAUUGGCCCUGGCACUAAGAAUACAGAUGGCUCUUCAAAGAAUGACAUCUCCAAAUACGAUGCCAAUGGCAACCAAGACCGCAUGAAGCUCUCAGACUUCAACUUCAUCAUGGUGCUGGGCAAAGGCAGCUUUGGCAAGGUGAUGCUUGCCGAGCGUAAAGGCUCAGAUGAACUGUACGCAGUGAAGAUCUUAAAGAAGGAUGUGGUCAUUCAGGAUGAUGAUGUGGAAUGCACUAUGGUGGAGAAGAGAGUCCUCGCUCUCUCCGGCAAACCACCCUUCCUCACCCAGCUCCACUCAUGCUUUCAGACCAUGGACCGUCUUUACUUUGUGAUGGAGUAUAUCAACGGUGGAGAUUUGAUGUAUCAAAUACAACAAGUGGGAAAAUUUAAGGAACCCCAUGCUGUGUUCUAUGCUGCAGAAAUUGCCAUCGGCUUGUUCUUUCUUCAUUCAAAGGGCAUUAUUUACAGAGAUCUGAAGCUGGAUAAUGUGAUGUUGGAUGCUGAAGGCCACAUUAAAAUUGCAGAUUUUGGCAUGUGCAAAGAAAACAUGUGUGAUGGGGCCACAACCAAAACCUUCUGUGGCACUCCAGACUACAUUGCCCCAGAGAUCAUUGCAUAUCAACCAUAUGGCAAGUCUGUCGACUGGUGGGCUUAUGGAGUUCUUCUGUAUGAAAUGCUGGCAGGACAGCCCCCUUUUGAUGGCGAGGACGAAGAUGAGCUUUUCCAGUCCAUCAUGGAGCAUCAUGUGUCUUACCCGAAAUCCAUGUCCAAAGAAGCAGUGGCCAUAUGCAAGGGGCUGAUGACCAAGCAUCCAGGGAAGCGUCUGGGCUGUGGACCGGAGGGAGAGCGAGACAUUAAGGAACACGCUUUCUUCCGUUACAUGGACUGGGAAAAACUGCAGAACAAGGAAGUUCAACCUCCCUUCAAACCCAAAGCAAAAAAUCGACGUGACACAGGUAAUUUCGACAAGGAGUUCACCAAGAUGGCAGUUGAGCUGACACCAACAGAUAAACUCUUCAUUAUGAAUCUGGACCAAAAUGAAUUCCAAGGCUUCUCCUACACCAACCCUGAGUUUGUCAUUCAGGUUUAACACCAACCUCCAAUCGAUUGCUCCGUACAGGUGUGAGAGCACGAGACGGUCUUAUUACCCAGAAAGCAUUAUUUUGUCCCUGUGCCAUCUCGAUUUUCCUCUCUUCACUAAACAGGCACAAACCCAGCAGGUUCAUACAGAACCAAACCAGGAUUAAACUCAGUCUCAACCAAGGCCUCAGAAACUCUGAAUUGAAUUCGAGGAGGAAGAACGGUUAUAAAAGAGUGUAUUCAUAGUCUCCAUGAGAAUGUCUUGUCUUUUCAUCUCCAUGAGAAUUAUCCUACCUCUUUCUUUUACACUUUCUUUUCUCUCCAUAGAUUGAGUCAGCUUUUUCCUGCAGCCCCUCAUUUCCAAAUGAAUUAGCCUGACAACAUGCAGCACUAAUGGCUUUUUCCAGAGCUAAUUAAGCCUUACGCAACCUUCAACCAAUCUGGUUUAAAUUAGUAUCAUUUGGUAUAAACUCAAAGUCAGGUUCACGUGUAUCAGUGAGUGAUAGAUAAGCAAAUAUCCUAAAGCAUCUAUUGCUAGAUGUUUGUUUUAAAUGGGUGAUAUCUUUCAGCUUGAUCUGAGAUUCUCAGCACAAGUAUUAGCAUUACAGCAAAACAGUCAGAUAAUGACAUCCAUAUGGCAUUUAGCUAGCUCCCACCAUAAUGGCUUCUGUUCAUGAGAUGCUCUUAAAAAUUCAUUAUUUAUGUCAUAACUUGAGGGAAUUACAUAAGACAAUUUACAUGCAACUCAAAAGCACCUGGAUAAAGCUUUGAAAAUGAACAGUGUUACAUGAAAAUAUGUUGACAGCUUACCUUCAUUUUACAUAUAAUCUGGUAUAUUACGUAUAUUAGAAAUUUGAUAUUAAAACAGUCUUGAAUCAAAUAAUGAACUUACUUUUAAGUUUUUUAAUCAUUUUUCUGGGAAUUCUGUGCUCUUGUAGGUAUGACACAUACACAAGUCAUUUAUGAAAUAAAAAACUAAUUAUGGCAGUCAUAAUUACGACCUUUUGUCAGCUUUCAAUUUCAUUUUUUUAAUCUUACAAUUUCAACUUUUCAAAAAUGGUGACCUUUAUGUCUCAAUUUCUACUUUUUAUGUCAUGUCUUAAUAUGUCAAUUUUAACUUUUCAUGUUACAAUUAUGAUUUACAAAAGCAUAAUGUUUCCCUUAUGUGGUGGAAUUGACCAUUUUAGGGUUAAAACAGUUUGAGAAGGAAACUUCCGCAAGCAUGACAAAGAAAAUAAAAUGCAAAAUGCAGACUAACAUCAAAUAACAUGAAAUUAAAAUAUGCUUACGAGAAAAUGGAUAAUGAAUUACGACUUCUGAUGUGCAAUAUGAUGAGAAUUACAAUUGCUGACUGGAAAAUGUUACUAAUAAUGCACUUUCAAUCUUUACUGUGUUUAAGGUACUAAGUUUCACCAUUUCUUUUCAAUUUAUUCUCGAACGAUUGACAAGUGCAUGCGGUUGCGAUCCUUGGUAAAGUGCAUUAGUGCUGUUUACUGAAUUGGCAUCAGGGGUAGUUCCAUGCAUAUCACUGGCUGCAAAAAAAAUGUGAUUCAUACUGUAUGAGCUGAAAAACGACAACUUUAGCUAAACCAGUGCCAUACAUUUCUGUGGGGGAAUCUGCAGUGUUUGGGGAGCUCGUUACGUGCAAUGUGUCUGUGUUAAACAGACUCCACAAGGAGUUUUAGUCUACCCUAUGCAUGCCUGGUAGAGCCCUUGCUCUUUAACUCGGUGUUAACUUAUUAACCAAGUGUGUCAGUAAUGGUUGGAUCUGUUGUAGCAUAGAUCCUUGUAAGGGUUAUGGUCUGUGAACAUUUCUAUUUGUUUAUGUUUUAUUUUGUAAUUAGAUAUAUGAAAUAGAAAUAUAAGUAUUCUAGUCUUCCAAAUGAAAACACAUUGUGUGAUCAUGUAAACAGUGAUAAUAUAAGUAUAAUCUGCUUUUCCUGAGGUGACAACCGGAAAAGUGGGGAUAAUGUAAAAAGUUAUUGUAUAAUAUUUAUUGUAUAGUGUAUAUGGAGGGUUAAAUGUUUAAGACCUGUAGCCUGAACUACAAAAAUAGAAAAGAGAGAAAAGCUGUCAUUUUAAAGCAACUGUAUGUAUUUUUUAAUCUUGAAACAUCAGUUUCAAAAUGAUUCCGAUGGUUCACUUACUUUUAACGAGGUACAUGGCUUCUGUUUUGUUUCCAUUUUCCGUUCAGUUGUGUGAGGAUGCAAGUUGGAUGAAUGGGUACAAAAUACCAAAAAAGAGCAGAUCCGAUUGCUUCACGACAGCAACAAAUGCACGUGUAAUUACAACAGCUGUAUAUUUACGACUCAUUUAACUACAUACAGUUGCUUUAACUGAACGUUUUUUUGAAAAUAUAAAAACAUAAGAAAGUGCGGAUAAGACAAGCCUUACUAGUGUUUCUGUCCUAAACUAAAUCUCUUCGGCAUGUGCGUAACUGUAAAUGAAUGACGUGGCCUUUACGUGAUCAAGGUAAUUGUCACACCUCAAACAAACAUGCACAUUGUGAUAUUGUAAACCCUGGCCCUGUUUAGUAAGCAGUUAUUAUUUUAGUUUUUCUAUCAUGUUUUAAUGAUGAAGGAUUUAAAGGGCUUCCUGUACAAGAAUCAGUCCCCCCAAAACAAGUUUUAUACUAUGCAAGACAGAUGCAUGUCAACAACGACACAUCGA